AUCAUCAGGUUCAGGCAGGGCAACAAAACUUGCCCCUUUGGAAAUGGGACGCCAUUCAUUGAAAUGAAUCUUCCACUUCCAUAAAUAAAGCUUGCUUUUUUAUUCUUUUUUUUUUUUUUUGGGAUGUUAUUCGUCAAAUAUCUCAUUGCUCACCUUACCAUAUGAAGGCGUUAUAAAGAUUACGCAAAACUCCUUUCUCUCUAAUGAUUCCCCCACCUCUUUAACUUUAAUCAUAAAGGAAAAAAAUAAAAAUAAAAAGCGUCUUCUUCCUUCCUUAUUCUUCUUCAUCUUUUCAUCUUCGGUAGUAAUGGCAGCCCGAGAAGUUUCCAAAAGUUUGCAUUAAUUUUUUUUUUUUUUUUUUUGGUUGAGAGGGGGAGGAAGAGAGGGGAAUUUUUCAUGGAAUAUCUGCGACAACGAGAACGAGAGGAUGGAGGAGAUAUAGAGAAUGAAGCAGGAGGAGAAGGAGGAGGAGAGGAGGUGGUGUAUGAGAAUUAUGAGAGGAACGAGAUAGAGAGGAAGGCGUCGUUUUUUUCGGAGAACCAGAGAGAUCAUGAUGUAUUUGGAGCUGGGGGACAGUCCGCGAAUCGUCUUCUUCUUAGGGAGCCGCUUCUGAAGUCGAAGAGCAGAAUUAACACUACUUCUCAGAUUGCCAUUGUUGGUGCCAAUGUUUCUCCUAUCGAAAGCCUCGAUUACGAGAUCAUCGAAAAUGAACUUUUUAAGCAGGAUUGGAGGUCUAGGAAGAAGGUUGAGAUAUAUCAGUAUGUUUUUCUCAAGUGGACACUUGCUCUUCUCAUUGGAUUGUGCACUGGCCUUGUAGGCUUCUUCAAUAAUCUUGCAGUGGAAAAUAUUGCUGGUUUCAAGUUCCUACUUACAAACAACCUAAUGCUUAAGCAUCAGUACUUUUUGGCAUUUGCAGCAUAUGCUGGUUGCAAUGUAGUUCUGGCAGUUUGUGCUGCAGUGCUAUGUGCAUUCAUUGCUCCUGCAGCAGCUGGGUCUGGUAUACCUGAGGUGAAAGCCUAUCUUAAUGGUGUGGAUGCUCAUUCUAUACUGGCUCCAAGCACGCUAUUUGUGAAGAUAUUCGGUUCCAUAUUUGGAGUUGCUGCUGGAUUUGUUGUAGGCAAGGAAGGACCCAUGGUACACACUGGUGCUUGCAUUGCCAACUUGCUUGGACAGGGAGGUUCACGCAAGUAUCAUUUGACAUGGAAAUGGCUUAGAUAUUUCAAAAAUGACCGUGACCGAAGGGAUUUGAUCACCUGUGGAGCUGCUGCUGGUGUUGCAGCUGCUUUCCGUGCUCCAGUUGGUGGCGUCCUUUUUGCCCUUGAAGAAGCAGCCUCAUGGUGGAGGAGUGCUCUUCUGUGGAGGACCUUUUUCACAACUGCAGUAGUCGCUGUGGUAUUGAGGGGUCUAAUGAUUUAUUGUGGGAGUGGAAAAUGUGGGCUAUUUGGAAAAGGUGGUUUGAUCAUGUUUGAUGUUAGUUCUGCAGUACCUGCUUAUAGCACCCCAGAUGUACUUGCAGUUAUAUUGAUUGGAGUUCUUGGAGGCAUCUUUGGAAGCCUCUACAACUUUCUUGUGGACAAGGUGCUUAAAACUUACAGCAUCAUCAAUGAGAGGGGUCCAGGUUUCAAAGUUCUACUCGUCAUCUUCAUUACUCUCCUGACCUCUUGUUGCUCUUACGGCUUGCCUUGGUUUGCAAAGUGCACACCCUGUCCUACUGGAAUCGAGGAAGAUUGCCCCACAGUAGGUCGCUCUGGAGACUACAAAAGUUUCCAAUGUGGGCCAGGACAGUACAAUGAUCUUGCUUCCCUUCUCCUUAACACCAAUGAUGAUGCCAUCCGUAAUUUAUUUAGCUCAAAAAAUAUUCACGAGUUUCACCUGUCCACACUUGUUGUCUUCUUUGUUGCUGUAUAUUUUCUUGGUAUUGUUACUUAUGGAAUUGCUGUUCCCUCCGGGUUAUUCAUCCCUGUCAUACUUGCUGGAGCCUCAUAUGGACGCCUUGUUGGACGCCUUGUGGAGAUGGUCCUGGGGUCUUCUUCUGGUCUUGGUGUUGGCCUCUUUUCUGUGCUUGGAGCUGCAUCUUUCCUUGGUGGCACGAUGAGAAUGACAGUAUCACUGUGUGUCAUACUCCUUGAGCUGACUAAUGGUCUGUUAAUGCUGCCACUGAUGAUGCUUGUUCUCCUAAUAUCAAAAACUGUAGCUGAUAGUUUCAAUAAGGGUGUUUAUGACCAAAUAGUGAAGAUGAAGGGUUUGCCUUACUUGGAAGCUCAUGCUGAACCAUAUAUGCGGCAGUUGGUUGCAGGAGAUGUUUGUUCUGGCCCCUUGAUAACAUUUUCUGGUGUUGAAAAAGUUGGUAACAUUUUACAUGCACUAAGAUUAACGAGACAUAAUGGCUUCCCGGUGAUUGAUGAGCCACCUCUUUCCGAUGCUCCAGAACUAUGUGGGCUGGUUUUAAGGUCUCACUUGCUUGUUCUUCUGAAAGGGAAAAACUUUUUGAAGCAUCCAGUAUCCACUGGAUUGGAAAUAUUAAAGAGGUUUCAUGCGUUUGAUUUUGCAAAGCCAGGAUUGGGAAAGGGUCUUAAGGUAGAGGAUCUGGAAAUCACUGCAGAGGAGACGGAGAUGUACGUUGACCUUCGCCCAAUAACUAAUACGUCUCCAUACACAGUUGUGGAGACAAUGUCCCUGGCUAAAGCUGCACUUCUAUUUCGAGAGCUUGGUCUUAGACACCUCUGUGUUGUCCCAAAGAAACCUGGGAGACCGCCAAUUGUUGGAAUCUUAACUAGGCAUGACUUUAUGCCUGAGCAUGUCUUGGGGCUCUAUCCACAUCUUACUCGUGCCCACAAGGUCAUGUAGCACAGGCAGGUGGACUAGGCCUUGAGUGCUGUGCCGAGUGAGUCCGAGUCUCUGCUUGAUUACCAUCAUUUCUUCGAUACGCUGAUGCUUGAUGUUUAAGGAGAAGAGGGCAUGAUACGCUCCCCGGCAGUUCUUAGCCCUUCUUUGAAUUGAUCAUCUGCCACCAUAUACCCCUUCACCGUAUUUCAGCCAGGCCAGUUGAGUGAAUGGCUCUCACUCUUUGGUAUCUCUCCCAUGGAUUUGUCUGGUUUUGGCAGCAAUGUUCUUUGUAUAUAUCUGUACACAGUAAUCAAAAACAAAAAUGAUAUCAUGUGAGGGUAUAAGAAUGAUGGUAAUACUCGCAUCAUGAAUUCGUUGUGGCAUCCACAUUCUUCUUGUAAUAAAUCAACAAAUUAUAUAGAAACUGCGACUUGGUCAAGAAUUUUGCUCAGUUGUAAAGGUAGCCUUUUUAACGAUA